UAAUAAUUUUGGUUCGCAGCAUUUUGACAGAGAAUAAUAAGUCACUGUCAUCUUACUGUAAACUGUCAAGUCAAUUCCUAUUACCAUUUGCCUGGAAUAGUGGAAUUCAGGUUGUUGUUAUCUAAUCACUAAACAUGGGAGCACUUAAAAAGAGUACUGGCCUUGUGGGCAUGGCCGUAGCCCCAAAUCCACAUCACACUCUUGGUUCUCUAUACGGUAAAAUUCUGCGAGUUCUUCAAAAGAUGCCUGAAUCUGCUGGAUACAGGAAGCACACUGAACCAGUUAUUCGCGAAAGAGCUGCUGUGUUAACACAGACUAAAGAUGUGUACGAGCUUGAAUCGAAAAUCAACUGUGGUCAAGCAGAGGAACUGAUUGUACAGGCUGAAAAUGAACUGAAUCUGGCUAGGAAAAUGUUGAACUGGAAACCAUGGGAGCCACUCAUGGCUAAGCCUCCAAAAGGCCAGUGGGACUGGCCUCCUACUAAGCCUUAAUUUCCCUCCCAUGUUCUUGUUAGUAUCACUGUGUUUUAGUUAAUAUGAGUAAACUGUAAAUAUACACUUUGUUUCCUAUGUCAACAUAAGUGUACUCAAACUAGGUAUUCACACUGUUAUUUUAUGUUCAAUCGAAAAACAUAAUGGGAUUAUAAUAAAAUGUGCAAACAUUA